AAAAAAAUGUUACACAAGGGAUUUAUGGCUGCAGUCUAUGCAGGGAUCUUUUCUCUUUGUUUACAUUUCAGAACAGUGCUUUCCUUGCGUUAAAGAGACUGUCAUCGACACAGUGUCAGAUAUUAUCCCUAAGCAAAUACUAUAUCUGACAAUUUUAGCGAAAAAACUAUUGCGGUGUAACUAUCAAGCCGAUAACUUGCGAACUAGCCUGUAAGCUAAUUGUUGUUGCUGUGUUUUCCCUGUGCCGAUCCUUGUUUUAGAAGAUGGCAAGUUAGUAUUCCUGUUUUAUUUUACUUGAUUUCUAGCGUGGGAUAUUAAGGGAAGUCAAAUGAUUGAGACGGUAUAGCGACAGAUGAGGCUAAAAGCCAAGCAGGAUUUCCUCACCUUGAGAAUCACACAGAGUGAACAAUGUUUGGUGUGCCUCAAAGCUCAAAGUCUGAGUUCCUGGACAAAGCCAGGCAGGCCAGAGAAGAAAGGAAAGGGCAUAAGGAGAAAGAAAAAGCAGCAACUCAAAUCCAAGCUCUGAUUAGAAGAUUCUUGUGUCGCUGCAGACUCCAGAAACAAUUAAGGAAAGAAGUCGACGACUAUUUCCAAACAUCUGAAACGGGGGCAACAAAAAGAAAUGCACUUUCAAUUUUUAAAAUUGCUCGGAAAUUACUUUUUAUCUAUUGUCAAGAAGACAAGAUGAGAUUUGAAAAGCUCUGCCGUGCUAUCUUAGCCAGCAUGGAGGUGGAAAAUGAACCUAAAGUCUGGUAUGUUUCACUGGCUCUUUCCAAGGAUCUCACCAUUCCUUGGCUCAAACAGAUCAAAGACGUGUUGUGGAUUUGCUGUCAGCUUCUGAAAAAACUCAAGCCAGACAUACUUCAAGACGGCAAGUUGAUAACACUUCACCUCACAAUGCUGGUGACCUUCACUGACACAUCAACAUGGCGGAUAGUCAGAGGGAAGGGGGAAGCCCUCAGACCGGCUUUGACGAGGAUUUGUGAAAACAUCAUGGGCCAUCUCAAUCAAAAGGGUUUCUAUUCCAUGCUACAGAUCUUGCUGACUAAUGGCCUGGCUCGUUCUAAACCGUCUCUUUCCAAAGGCACCCUGACAGCUAUUUUCACCUUGUCACUAAGGCCAGUCAUUGCCGCUCACUUCUCAGAGAACCUGCUUCGAUCAUUCCUCAUUCACAUCAUGUCAGUUCCUGCCAUUGUGUCGCACCUCAACGUGUUAACCCCAGAGUGCAUGGCCUCCAUCCAGUCGCAUGACCUGCUCCGGAAGUUUAUUUUAUUUCUCAGUCGGGAAGAACAGUGUUUGGACAUCUGUGUGUGUCUCGAGGGCAGCCACACACUCUGCUUACUUGGCAACCUGAUUUACUUGGGUUACCUCAACGAGAAAGUCUUAGAGGAGGAGGCUAACCACUUUGUAAAGGACCUGACCGACAUGCUGUCUUACUGCCAGAGAUAUGUAUCGCAAAAGAAGUCCAAUUUAACCCACUGGCAUCCUGUCCUGGGCUGGUUUUCUCAAACCGUUGACUAUGGACUGAAUGAGUCGAUGCCACUGGUCACCAAACAGCUGCAGUAUCUGUGGGGGGUGUCAGUCAUUCUGACACUUUUCAGUGAUGUCCUCUCGAAAAAGCUGGAGAGUCAGGAGCCCACUCCCCCACCCCCACAACCAAGCACUUCACAGAACAACCUACCAGUCAAAAGUCUCUUCAAAAGAGCAUUUCAGAAGUCGGCAUCCGUCCGGAAUAUCCUGAAACCCGUCGGAGGGAAGCGAGUCGACUCAGCUGAAGUUCAGAAGGUGUGCAGCAUCUGCGUGCUCUACCAGACCGCCCUUUCCACACUGACACAAAUACGCCUUCAGAUCCUCACUGGUCUGACGCAUCUUGACGACCUUCUACCCAAACUGUGGGCCUUUAUCUGUGAGCUGGGACCUCAGGGGGGGCUUAAACUCUUCAUGGAUUGUUUGAACAAUGACACUGAAGAGUCCAAGCAGCUCCUGGCAAUGCUCAUGCUGUUCUGCGACUGUUCACGUCACCUUAUAACAAUUCUUGACGACAUUGAAGUUUACGAGGAGCAGACGUCCUUCAAGAUAGAAGAACUUCUCACCAUUUCCUCUUUCCUGAAUACAUUUGUGUAUAAGAUGAUUUGGGAUGGCAUCUUAGAAAAUGCAAAAGGAGAAAAACUGGAGUUGUUCCACAGCGUUCACGGCUGGCUGAUGGUGCUUUAUGAGCGGGACUGCAGACGCAGAUUUACACCAGACGACCACUGGCUGCGCAAGGAUCUGAAACCUAGUUUGCUGUUCCAAGAGUUGGAGAAAGGCAAGAAAAGAGCCCAGCUUUUGCUGCAGUACAUCCCACAUGUUAUUCCACAUAAAAAUAGGGUGUUGCUGUUCAGAAACAUCGUCACAAAGGAAAAAGAAAGUUUGGGUUUGAUAGAAACGAGUUCUGCUUCCCCACACGUCACUCACAUCACCAUCCGCCGCUCACGGAUGCUGGAGGAUGGAUACGACCAGCUUCGGAGGCUACCUGUGAACUCUAUUAAAGGGGUCAUUCGGGUGAAGUUCGUCAAUGACCUGGGAGUGGAUGAGGCGGGGAUCGAUCAGGAUGGUGUUUUCAAAGAGUUUCUAGAAGAAAUCAUAAAGAAAGUUUUCAACCCCGCUCUUAAUCUCUUUAAGACCACUAGUGGAGACGAGAGGCUGUAUCCGUCCCCUACGUCUUACAUCCAUGAGAACCAUUUGCAGCUGUUUGAGUUUGUGGGUAAAAUGCUGGGAAAAGCUGUUUAUGAGGGGAUUGUUGUGGAUGUGCCAUUUGCCUCCUUCUUCCUCAGUCAAGUCUUGGGUCAUCAUCACAGCACUUUCUACAGCUCUAUCGACGAGCUUCCUUCCCUCGACUCUGAAUUUUACAAAAAUCUAACCUCAAUCAAGCGCUAUGAUGGAGACGUAGGAGAUCUGGGACUGACUUUGUCUUAUGAUGAAGAUGUUAUGGGCCAGCUCGUCUGUCAUGAGUUGAUACCAGGCGGGAAGACCAUACCAGUCACAAAUGAAAAUAAGAUCAGCUACAUCCACCUCAUGGCCCACUUCCGAAUGCACACGCAGAUAAAGGAGCAAACGGCUGCUUUUAUCCGAGGCUUCCGCUGCAUCAUCAAUCCGGAGUGGCUGCACAUGUUUUCCACGCCAGAGGUUCAGCGCCUGGUGUCCGGGGAUAAUGCUGAGAUUGAUUUGGAUGACUUGAAGAAACACACAGUCUACUACGGAGGUUUUCACAGCAGCCAUCGGGUCAUUAUCUGGCUGUGGGACAUCCUGUCCAGCGACUUUAAUGCUGAAGAGAGGGCUAUGUUCCUUAAAUUUGUGACCAGCUGCUCAAGGCCUCCUCUUCUAGGGUUUGCCUACCUCAAACCGCCUUUCUCCAUCCGCUGUGUGGAAGUAUCGGAUGAUCAGGACACCGGAGACACCCUUGGAAGUGUCCUCCGGGGCUUUUUCACCAUUCGAAAGAAGGAACCGGGUGGUCGACUCCCUACUUCCUCCACGUGCUUCAACUUGCUCAAACUACCCAACUACAGCAAGAAGAGCAUCCUGCGCGACAAGCUGCGCUAUGCUAUCAGUAUGAACACGGGCUUUGAGCUGUCCUAACUCAGAAGGAGCGGCGUUUUAAAACAGACAAGCGGCUCGACCGGAGCGCCUCACAAAAGAGGAGAAUCGGCUGAAACAAAAAGCGGGUUAUGGAAGUCCUAUGUGGUCUUUUCCCCCUUUUUUUAACUGGAUGAGCUUUAAUAGGAGCCGUUUCUUAUUAUCUCCCAUCUAAGUGGUUCCUGUUCUUAAGAGAUCUCUCUGUGCUGUUCAUAUUGUGGAAACUUGAUCCUUCAGUGGCUAACCUCUCUAUUCCUCAAGAUUAAAAAAAAAAAAAGUCGAUUUUGAAUCAAUCCAUCCUAUUCUAACCGGAAAGCAAUACAGAUAAAGCUCAAGCCAUGAUGCAGACAGCCACUUGAGUAAAGCCAAGGGAUGAAACACUGUAGCUGAUUCUGGCGUAAAAUGUUUUGUGCAACAUAAUGUAUUAUUUAACAAGCAGUUGUAUAGAACUUCCAUAAGUACGGGCGUGAACGCAGGGACGAAGGCGUUUUGCCUCAUCAGGAGGUAAAUCAUUGCUUCAAACUAAGAGACACUAUGGCAACCUUUGAAAGACACUGACUUCCUUGCUUUUAUGCUCUUUAACAUUUUGAGGAUUCAACAUCAGGUCUGAUGAAGGAUUUCCUUGAAAAAUCUGAUCUCGUUUGAUUUAAAGAUGUCAUUGACGUAGCCCUGGCUACUUCUGGAAAAAGAAAAUGUUUGUUCGUUAAUAGUCACGUCUGCGGAUUACUGCAGAGCACAAAGGAAAUCACAGUUCUGUGUCGUGUGUGUGCUUAACAUCCACUGUUUUAGUAUCUGAAACCAGAAAGCGUGCUCAUUUCGUCUCUAAAGCUGGGUGCCUAAUGCAUUAUUGUUACCCCCCCACAUGCACACUAUGGAGCGUGUUUGUGUUUUAGCUCUAACCAAUAAUCACCAAUAUGGGAAACAAGCCAUACAAAUGAGGGGUUCUGGUUCAAGAACCCAGAUGGAGUGAUAACCCCACCACCGUUCCUGCUCCACAGCAAAAGGGUUUCAUCGUGAUGCUUUCUGAUCUCUGUGAACGCCGCAGGAACGUUUCUGCGCUCUUAUCUCCUGAUGUCAUGGACAGAUCCGUUUAAAGCAGCUGCCUGAUAUGUCUCUGUAGAAAUGUUGCACAUGUGUUCAGACAUUUUGGGCCCGCAGGAGGGAUGAGAGUUUGAUUGUGACCUGGUUCCGUUAUGUGGAAAAGUGGAAGAAUGGACUUUAAGGUGAUGCAACAGGAACUGCAGCUUUCUCAAAAAGUAGGUUAGAGGAAAUCCGCACGUCUUUACCAAGUUCUUUAUUAUGCAAAACAAGUGUUUUCCGUUUUGAAUGAAACUGUGGAUGAGAAGCAACGUUUAUAACUUAUUAUAUAAAGGCCACUAAAAAAAAACUAAAGUAGAAAAAUGCAGGAUUUUACACACAAUUAUAAACAGUUUGUAUGGAAUGUUUUUCAAAAUUGACCAAUCAGAAGACAUUUUUAAUUCCUUUUUAGUCUUAACAAGCAAAAACUAGGGAAACGGUUUAAAAAGAAUAAUCUGGGUGUGUUUUGGUAUUCAAGAACAAUGAAUGAUACCUCACAUGCUUUUCUUCUCACUAAUAUGUUUUCAAUGAUGUCAAAAAGGCAAAUGUUUCCGUUUGACUGCUGAUUCGAGCUUGGACUAUCCUCUCUUUUAUUACAAACAAUAAAAAAAUAUUGAAAAUUUAAAA